UCCGAGCUGUAGAAAAGGACCAGGAAGCCCAUGAGGAGGGAAAGAGCGAGACCUCCUUAGGUGGUAGAAGCAUACAGAGAGCAAGGAGAGAGGUCUUGUUGGAGGGAACAAGACCAUCCCAAGGUCCAGCAAGCCAGACCCAUGACAACGAGCUUCCUCGGCAGUGCCCUCCGGGGCACCUUCUUCUUCAUUUUUGGCCUCUGGUGGUCCAUACGAUACCCCCUGAAGUAUCUCAGACGGAAAGCCAAUGCCGAGAGCCAGCCCAGCUAUGGGGUCCAGCGAGCAGAAGUCUUUGAAGGAGCAGUCAAAGCUUUCUUUGCUCUGGCAGGGAUACUGGUGGAGCAGUUCAUUCCUGCUGGUCCCCACCUGCAGCUGUACAACCCCAAGACGCACAGCUGGACCGACCUCACCCACUGGCACUACACCACCAUGUACCUCUUCUUCCUCCUCUCCGGCAUCGUGGACGCCUCCCACGCCUCCCUCAAGCUGCCGCGGGGCUUAGAUCGGCUCUCGCUGUCCGUGGCUCUCUUCGUGGAAGGUUUGCUCUUCUAUUACCAUGACUACAACGACGGUGCGCUGGACCACCACCUCCAUUCCCUCUUGGCCAUGGCUAUCUUCGUUGGAGCCUUCUGUGCCCUCCUCGAGGUGUUCAUCAGAGACCACAUCAUCCUGGAGACCAUCAGGACCAGCUCCUUCCUUCUCCAGGGCUCUUGGCUUUGGCAGAUUGGGUUUGUGCUGUUCCCUCCGUGGGGAGGACCAGGCUGGGAUCAGACCGACCCCAACAACUUCAUCUUCCUCACCAUGUGCUUCUGCUGGCACUACGCGGGCGCGCUCGCCGUCCUGGCAGCAAACUCUGCUGCAUCUCGCUGCUGCAACGAGUCCUGCCAGCUGAAAUUUGGGGACAUCGACGUGGAGCUGGACUGUGGCAUGUGCAUCCGCAAAGGCAACAAGAGCUCCAGCGGUGCCCUGCUGCCGGAGAGCCCCUUGGAUGACAAAUGAGGACGUGGAAACUUCUUCCCCAACUGUGGCUUAGAGCUCUUGAGAUGAGGUUUUUUUUCUAAAUUAGUCUUGAUUAAACUACACCGGCACUGGAUGGUGGAGCAUCAGAAGUGGGAGGCAGGACCCCAAAGGAGGAACGUGACAGGAGAUGCCCAACCUUUCGCGUGCGUCCCUUUGGCCGUAGUGAGAGCAAACCAGGCUCGUCUGGGAAGGAGUUUUUAAUUUUUCCAUGCUGUGAACUGCAGGACUGGUUUGCUGGUGGAGUCCAACUGGUGUGGCCGAGUUGGCUGUGGUUUUUUUAACAUUAUUUUUUGCUUCUGCAGAAGCGGGGGCCAAACCAGCCUUCGAAGCUCCCGGUGGCUGUCGCUCACUCUGGUGUU